GUUUCUCUGAAUUCAAUUUGGUUUGUUUGUUUGCACUUUGCUUGGUUGUAUUCAUAUUAAUUGUUUAUACAUUAUACAUUUGCCUCAUAAUAAUUGCAAGUUAAAGAUAAAUUCCUUGUUAAUUUCUAAUCAAACAUGUCAAAUAACAUUAAUCCUUUAGUCGGCACAGCCCAUCUACUUGAUGAAUUGGAUAAAAAACUUAUGGUACUUCUUCGAGAUGGGCGAACACUUAUUGGAUAUCUACGAUGUGUUGAUCAAUUCGCGAAUCUUGUUUUACAUAAAACCAUUGAAAGGAUUCAUGUUGGAAAAGAGUAUGGAGACAUACCGCGCGGAAUUUUUAUUGUAAGAGGUGAAAACGUAGUGCUGUUAGGGGAAAUAGAUAAAGACAAAGAAGAUAAUUUGCCUUUAACAGAAGUGUCAGUUGAUGAUAUACUUGAUGCACAAAGAAGGGAACAAGAUGCAAAGAUAGAACAACAGAAGUUGUUGUCGAAGGCACUAAAAGAAAGAGGAUUAAAUUUAUUAGCAGAUCUAGGACAUGAUGAUAUGUUUUAAAUUAAGUAAUAAAAAUUUUUCAUUGUUCCUACAGUGAUAAAUUUUAUAUAACAUUCUUAUUUGCUUCUGAAGCAGAAGUACUGAGAAUACACGGUUUAGAAAUCAACUUUAAAUCAUAUUGGUGUCAUUAAAAAUUAAAGUUAUUAAACAUUG